GUUAAACACUUAAAAGCACCGUGCCUCUGUGCAUGCGUAGGCAAACUCAGCCAGUUUAAGAAAGUUACACUUUUCCACCUCCUCCCUCCUCCUUCUUUCCUCCUCAAAGCGAGACCGUGCUGCAGAGCUGCGGAUCUGGUACAGCUUAGACUUCUAAUCACUUCGGACUAACGCCAUAUAACCUAACCGGCCGCCGCCUCAAACAGCUUCCAAAAAGGGGAGAAGCAGCAUUUCUGUGUAUUUUACAAACUUGAUUUAUCAUGGUGAAGCUCACGGUUUUAUUCUUUUACCUGUUGCACGGCGGGUUCAAUUUCAUAGCAGGACAGCAGCAGCCACAACGGGGUCGCUUACGGACCGGGAUGCCGUGGAGACAGAAGAUCCAGUGGGAAAAUAACGGGCAGAUGUACAGCUUGCUAAGUACCGGGUCCGAGUACCACCCGCCGGCAGUAUCUCCAGACAGAAGGACUGGGUCCCACAGCGUCUUACUGAGCACCAACCGGGAGGGGAGCAGCCGCCGAGCAGCGGGCGCAUCUUUUGAUGUGGAUAAUGGACCCAGGGCGCCAGUACUGAGCCUCUCGGACCCGGGACCGUCCCAGCAGCAGACGCUCAGCUCCGGGUCGACCAUGUUAGACGCUGAUUCUAGAGCUUAUAUGACGGUCAACCGUGGGUCGGGUGCCAGGCGUUCACCGCAGUCUGGCGCGUCACGCUCGUCCUCGGCUAGAUCCGCGGGCAGCCCAGGCGCACGCAGAUAUCAAUCGGGGUCCAGUUCAGGUGGGAAUAACGUCACGGCUGCGGGGGUUCUUCCAGAAUUCUCAGGCAGCGGGGCUCCCAGAGGCGGGAGGAAUCCCCCUCGCGGUGACGUCAGUGUGGCUGGUGCUGGGGUUGGGAGUUCUAACACAAACGCUGGCCGUUAUGUGCAAUCACCGCACCAGCAGGGAAGCAGGGUGCAACAAGAGAGAACUAGUGCCGGGAGUGACAGCAGGUGGGGUCAGUCGGUCGACACGGUGACCAUUACCGGCGACGACGCUGUGCCUAAUCUAUCCCCCACAACGUCAAUCGCUGGCUCCAAUGCGGACCGGCGAGACGUGGCGGUGUCAGAGUCUGACGACGAGCCCCAGGCUGUGGGGGGCAUGGCGGGGGACGACCCCCAGAACCCGUACAAGAACAGCAGGAACACGGUGUUCUAUAAUGUCUACCCCUCGCCCUCGGGGGCCGGGCGGACUCGCAUGACGGCUCGCACUCGGAGGCCCCCGGGGACGGGUUACGGUACCAGGUACUUUCAGAACGGUCUCCCCGAUCUUAUCCCUGACGCCUACUUCAUCCAGGCAGGUACCUACAUCCAAAGAGUGCAGAUGUAUGCUCUCAGGUGUGCUGCCGAGGAGAACUGCUUAGCCAGGUCAGCUUAUAGGCCUGGUGUGUCUGACAUCCAGUACAGGGUGCUGCUACGGUUCCCCCAGAGGGUCAAAAACCAAGGAACAGGAGAUUUCCUACCCGUCAAGCCAAGGCACCAAUGGGAGUGGCACAGCUGCCAUCAGCACUAUCACAGUAUGGACGCCUUCAGUAACUAUGACCUGCUUGAAGUGUCUUCUGGCCGUAGAAUGGCCGAGGGUCACAAGGCCAGCUUCUGCCUGGAAGACACGUCCUGUGACCCGGGAUUCAGGCGUCGCUACGCCUGUACAGCGCACACGCAGGGUUUGGGUCCUGGUUGCUACGACACCUACAACGCUAACAUUGACUGUCAGUGGAUUGACAUCACAGACGUGCAGCCAGGAAAUUACAUCCUCAAGGUGACUGUGAACCCCAAUUUCCAGGUGCAGGAGUCAGACUUCUCCAACAACAUAGUGAGGUGUGACAUCUCAUACAGUGGCAGCUAUGUGUCGACACGCAACUGCAGGGUCUCCAGCUACUGAACUGAAACAAGAACAAAAAUUGAAGAGACUUCAGUACUGUCUUAUUUUUUUUAACCGCAAUUUCUAAAGUGCGUGCAAGUCCUCUUUUGUGUCUUAGUAGGACUAACUGGAUGCGUUUUCUCACGUUUAAUUACUUUCCUCAAACACUCGUGGAAAACACUUGCAUGGAGGCAUGUGUAGCUUCGGUUUUAUUUUGUUCUUCCUAUUAAAGUUUUUUUUUUUUAAUUGAUCUUUGCAACAUUGCAUUAGUGUUGAAGAACACUGUGCUCAUUUUAUAGUAUGACUUAUUUUCACUUUAUCUUGAUAACUGCCCAUCUAGCUGUGAUUAAACUUGGUAUGAACAUUCCACAGCUCUAGUUAUUGAGGGUAUUGAUCUGUGUUUUAUAUCACUGACAGAGGGGGGUAUGUAUUCCACUUUCCAUGCAUCCUCCGCCUCACUUAUUGAUCAGAUUAUUAUUAUUUUUUUUUAUAAUCAGUGCAGUAUUGAGCAGCUGAGAGCAGCAAUAAUUAAUCACGACCAAGUCAGGUUUGUUUCAGACUGGUGAUAGGUGAAAAGCUGUGGAGUACUUGAUUUGGAACCCUGUCUGUCCUUCAAGAAGUAAGCAAACCCCUGUAGGCAGGGUCCUUGGAAUAACCCAGCUCAGAAACACUGGUUUACUGGUGCAUCUGUCCCUGUUGUGUGCUCAGUGAAGCCUUUGCACAAAGCCA